AUGGUGAUAAGACGAAAUGAUUGGACUAAAUGGUUAAUGGACCAAGUGGUUGUUAGACGAAUUGUUGAUGGAUGGAAUAGCACUUGUCUAAAUGAAAGUAGACCAUGUGAUUUUCUGUAUUUGCUCUACAGACAGGACAUAUACUUGAUGUGCCGUGAGCUGAAUAUGGAGGACAGCGUGCAUGAUCUUAUGGUACAGCUUGGGGCUGACCGUCAUGGCCGAAUCUCUUUUGAAGAGUUCUUACGUUGCCAGCGAAAGCUACGGGGAGAGAUCAGGUCGGUGACGGAAGGUUCGAGGCAGCCAGACCUCCGCAGAGGAAGUGCUGACGGAGUGUACCAAGACAGACUACAGAGGGCGGGCUCUCCAAAGAUGGGCAGUAAUUCCAGUCUUCCACGAAGUGGUCAUUUAGGUUCUUGGCCAGCUAGCAGUGAUAAUAGUUUAGGAGCAUCUUCUACAGCCAGGGACAGUUGGGAGCGGGAUUCUGGUGCUCGCGAUCUCAGUCCUGAACCAGGUACGUUCCUACAGAAGCUGAUGGAUAGCGCCACCGCAGCUGGCGGAGGGGCCAACUUUCUGGAGCUUGCUAAUACGGUAAGUACAUGUUUGUGUUUGCAAAAAAAAAAAUAGGGACAAAAGAGAUGAGUAGGGGAUCAAUUCGGCAUUGAUGCCAAAUUUGUGAUGGGGCAAAGUCAAAUAUACUUACCCAUAUUUAGACAAGGUACAAUUUUGGUAUAUGGAUACCAAUUUUGUUGAUCUGUCAUUUUGUGAAUUCAAAUUCAUUGUUAAUACAAGUGUAUUUCAUUUUUGUUGAUCAUGCUAUUGUGUAUACUAGCGUUAUGUUUGUAUUUGCGACACCAGUUAAAAUUUGGUCGGUUUAUAUGGGGGAAUUGAUGGAUAUACUAUCAUGAAUCCUCAAGGCUACCUACCAGCAGAGAAAAGAUUACCAGAAGUUCUUUCCUGUAGUUAUGCCUUACCAAAGGGCAUCAGUGCAACAACUUGGUUUUGAACUAGUUCAAAAGAGUACAGGAACAAGUGAAGUGAGCUCCGUGUUUAGUGCCUCCUGUUGACAGGUAUAUUGAUUUGAUGAUGGUGGUGAUAUUAAUGAUUUCAUUGGAGAUGAUAAGGAAGGAGUAUGAUGAUUUGGGAGGUGGUGAUGACUGAUGUUGCUGGUGAUGGUGGUAAUGAUGAUGAUGAUGAUGGUAGAGGUGGCAUUGGUGGUGAUGAUAAUGAUGAUGCUUCUGAAGAUGAUUGUUGAUAAUGAUGAUCAUGUUAUCAUCAUGGUUGUGGUGGUGGUAUUGAUGUUGUCUCUAUUAUAACAAAAUAACGGGAACAGUGUAAAUGUAAAGUAAACCACAAUCUGUGUGUAUUGUAAUCAAUCAUUCAAAAAAAAUUAUAGUUAACUUGAAUCUUGAAAGCUGCAUACUAAAGUACCAUAAGUCAUCAAAAGACACAGUCCAUGUCGUCAGGCAUUUGCUUGUUAAUUGCUCUUCAGCCUCAAUCGUGACCAUGUAAUACUUCCAUACUGCCAUCACAGUUAAGAUCUAGCUCAGUGUGUACACAACAUUUUCCAUAUUAAAAUUUCCAGGUCCCAGAGAUGAGUGACAAUUUCUGCUUUUGGGCUCAUGAGUAUUACAGACCCCCAAAUCAAAAAUCAAUCCGAUAGAUUUUGCUUUAAUUCACUGACAUUAGUCACAACAGUACAUUAAAACUAGAUAUGUUAAUCGGGUACUUGCCCAGCUCAAUCAAAACUUAAAUGGCCUGAAAUAAGACUAACCAUAAUUUCGGUCAGUUCAUUGCCAGAAAAACCCGAACUGCAUUGUGGAUAAUAAUAAUUAAAAUGAAAUACAAAAAUGCAGUCUAGCCUCCCCAAAGGCCUUAAUUAUGAAAGACUAUGAACAUGACAUUGUCUCUAUCAUUUAUAUUUUGAUAUUCAAACAUUUUGUCUAUUUUUAAUGAAUUAUUAUAAUCAAUAAAGUCAUGUGAUCUUUACUUACGCCUGUCCGGCAUGCUUUGCGCGCGGUUGAAUUACUCUCAUGUGCCCAAUUAUGACCAUGUAAUACUUCCAUACUGCCCUCACAGUUAGAACUAGCUCUAAACAACAUUUUCCAUAUCGAAAUUUCCAGGUCCCAGAGAUGAGUGACAAUUUUUGCUUUUUUGCAGUGUAUCAGAGAAGGAAAAAUUGAACACUGCCAUCUGUAGGCCACAAAAAGAAUAGCCGUUAAAGUAAGAUUGAGAAGCUAGAUUCAGUGCACACAGUUUUGUGCCAGUUACAAUUAUCUUAUUAUGUUAUUAUCCAAUUAUCUUAUUUAAUUGUUGAUGUGUAUUUUAUUAUCAAUACAAAGUUGAAAGAGGGUCUUGACUCUUGAGUGGGUGUAUGAUGCAGUGUAUUAUUGUUCAUGUGGAAAUUGAUUCUCAACAAGAUUAGCUUGGCAAAAUACUUUUACACUGAAUACAAAAUGUUAAUCUUUGGCUAUAAAUCCUGUUUAAUCUCUUGCCCCAGAAAUAGAAUCCAUGAACCAGAUAGUCGCUCUGUCACAAGUGGUAACUUGGCAUAUCGCUGUGUGCCGAAUCACAACAAGCAAAUUGGCAACUCGGUGAAGCGGCAUUCUCUCUGAUAGUGAUCCCCCGCUACAUGUUUUGACAGAAUUACUGCCCCAAGAUGCCUAGAGAUGGAGGGGGUCAUCUUACAUAGGGCAUGCAACACUUGAUUUUGUCCCAAGUACACAUAGUAUACACAGAUAGCCUUUCUGUCUUUUGUCUGUUAUGCCUUGUAUUGUAUGUUUUAUUUUUAGUGAACAUACUGAACUCUGAGGGAGCGUUCCUUGCUUCCAUCAGAUUCCAGGAAAUUCAAUUUCUUAGUUCAUUUCCAUAUGUUUUUCCUGCAUUAAGUGGUGAUGAAUUGGCAUGUUGUUUUUGGAGGGUACGGCUCUCUCCUUGUUUAUGGAAAUAUAAUGUACAUGGACUUGUUUACCACAAAACAUGGAGAUAUACAUUGAAAUGAUACUCAGAUAUAUAUUUUCCAUUAAAAUG